AUGCGGCAGCCGGAGCUCCCGCCGGCGGUCGAGGCGGAGCUGUUGCGGCUGGAGGCGAGGCUGGGCCAGAUCGCCUGCACGGAGGCGCGGCAGCACCUCGCGGGCCUCGGCGAGGAGGCGGCGGCGCGGGUGCUCCGGAAGAUCGAGUCGCAGCGGGUGCGGACGCUGUCGGGCUUCGUCAGCCAUAUGGCGAGCCGGGAGAGGAUGAGGCGCAACGCGCGGGACAUCCCCGCCGCCCACAGCUUCGCCGCCCAUCCCCGGGAAGAGGAAUUCGUACCCACGUCAAUGUACAUGAAUGAGGAUCAUAUGGAUGUUCAAAGCCCCAACAAUGCAAUAGCUUUCGGUCUCCCAAACCAUGCCAUUGUGGAGGCUGGGAGUCCCAACCAACCGUUCAGCUUGUAUGGCAGUGGUGGUUCUGUCAGACAAAUUUCUCGUCUGGUUCCAGACCUGGCUAGGCUGACCGUUGAGAGCCCAUGUUAUCAGCUGUCUUCUGUGCUGCAGAACCUGAGCUACAUUGAAGUUGAUACUCCUGCCCAGGCAAUGGCUUCUCCUGUGUGGAACCAGAUGGCUGAGCAGAUUGACAGUCCUGCUCGAGCAACGGUUCCUGCCGUGCCUAAUGAUGUUAUGAUGCAGGAAAUGCCGAACUAUAUAGAGAUUGAUGACAGCCCCAUGCAGCCGCUGAUUUCUACUCCAAGAAGAGGUUCCACCCUGAUCCCUGUGCAGGAUCUUUCAAGACGCAUUGAGAAUAUGGCUGGCCCCUCAGGAAGUCCACUGAGCGCAACUACUCGUCAUGCCACAGCCAAUCCACUGAGGGACUCAGUGAGUCCUCAGAUGCUGGCACUGGAAGAGUUGGAGUUUAAGAAAAUAUUUAUGAUUUUUGCUUACCUUGGCUGGUUAGUUUCUGGCCAACACACUAUUUUCUCCUCAUGUUACAGUAAUAAGAUAGAAACUGUUCUGUCUGUGGACUAUAUUAGAUCCUUGUAGUUCAUGCCCAUGGCUCAAUUUGAGUCAAAAAUCUGGAGGACAUUUGGUUACAAGAACAUUGCAGUUUCAGAUAGAGCAAAGAACCUUGAUUCAGAUCCACUUACAACAAAAGUCUACCAUUGUAAUGUUGAGAUAAGAGGGGACUCUGUAGUCACACUCUUCAAGGGACCAUAUAUUGGGAAUACAAGGACUCAUUUACAGAAAGUUGUUGGUGAUGAUAAUGUCCUUGUAGUAAAAUUUAUGGAGAAACUAUCAGAAACCAAGACUGACUUCUCUACAUAUUGUGAACAUUACCAUAAGGUUGCUAACGAUGGUAUUCUUUUGGGUUUGCGGCGUUAUCAAUUUUUCAUUUAUAAGGAUGGAGGAAAAGAGAAGAAAAUGAUAGAAGGGGAGAAAAGGAAUAGCAGUUCAACUGUUAGAUGCUACUUUGUUCGCACUGAGUCUGGGUGGAACACGGAUGAGCCGUAUAUACUCUCUGGCAAAACAGUUGGACAGGCCCGUGAACUAUUCAUGCACAUAAAUACUGCCCCCACCUUGGCGAAAUAUAUGGCCAGGCUUGCUUUGAUACUUUCCAAAACUAUCACAUUAGAUGCUGAUUUAUCACAAGUUCUUGUCAGGCUGAUUGAUGAACCUUGCUUGGAUGAACAUGGCAAUGUUGUUCUUAGAGAUGGGGAGCCGUUGAUUCGUACUGAUGGGACUGGCCUUAUAUCUGAGGAUUUGGCCUUGAAAUGCCCUACAAGUAUCUUCAAGGGAAAAUUUUUGAAGUCACAGGGUAUCGCAACUUGUGAUGAAGGAGAAACAAUGAUGAAGCCUAACAGUUUAAAGAGGCAUCGGUCUCUUGCCGCUAAACAUCCUCUUCUUAUGCAGUUCCGUUUGUUCUAUUAUGGAUCUGCUGUGAAGGGAACAGUCCUAGUUGACAGGCGGCUUUCUCCUGGAAAUAUACUUGUCCGACCAUCAAUGCUGAGAAGUUAUCCAGAAUUAUCUGAUGUUCAGUCUGUCAACUCAUCGGAAAUAGUCUUUGCUCGAAAUGCCAAGAAAAGUCUAUCUGGUGUUCAGUCUGUAAAUUCUUUUGAAAUAGUCUCUACAAGCAAUUGACCGAGAAGGACCUUAACAUCAAGGUUCUUGAUCGCAUUACUUUGCUAUGGAGGAGUUCCAGAAGAGUAUUUUUUGGAGCUUCUUGAAAAUGCAAUUGAAGGGGCUGAGAAUGCAUGUUAUUAUUAUGAAGAUGCACUGAAAAUUGCAUUCAGCUAUGCUGACAUGGAGGAUUCAAUCUCAGCACGGAUGAUUCUUUCUGGAAUUCCUCUAGAAGAGUCAUAUUUGCAAUCUAGGCUGGCUUUCAUGGCUCGACAGGAAAGGAAGGGAAUUAAGCAAGGAAAGAUACCAAUUGACGAGUGCUAUUAUUUGAUGGGUACUACAGACCCUACAGGAACACUUGGACCUAAUGAAGUCUGCGUGAUACUUGAAAAUGGUCAGCUUUGCGGGGAUGUUCUUGUUUAUAAACAUCCUGGGUUACAUUUUGGUGAUAUACAUGUCUUGAAAGCAACAUAUAUUAAGGAUCUAGAGAAAAAGUAUGUGGGAUAUUCUAAAUAUGCAAUACUCUUUCCUACUUCUGGACCACGGUCUUUGGCUGAUGAGAUGGCCAAUAGUGAUUUUGAUGGCGACAUGUACUGGGUUUCAAAAAACCCAAAGUUAUUAGAACACUUCAAACCUUCUGAACCAUGGGUAGAAACAAUUACACCAAAAAGGAGAAAGCAGAAGAAGCCUCAGGAUUUUAAUGAAUCCAAACUUGAAAGGCUGUUAUUUCAUGAAUUCUUGAAAACAAGAUUUACACCCAGUUAUGCACUUGGUACGGCAGCUGAUAGCUGGUUAGCAUAUGUGGACCUAUUAACGGGUUCACUUGAUGAAAGUGAGAAAAAAAUAAUGAAGGAAAAGAUGACUAAGUUAGUUGACCUGUAUUAUGAUGCCUUAGAUGCUCCAAAGACUGGAAACAAGGUCAAUAUUGCAAGUGGUCUGAUUACAAAGCGAUAUCCCCACUUCAUGGGUCGCAUUCCUUCGUACCAUUCAUCAUCCAUACUUGGACAAAUCUAUGAUAGAGCAGAAGAUAUAGAAUCUCUACGAUAUGAUAAUGUUGCACCAAGCGGGAUAUCGCUGCUCCCAUGCUUCACCGAGAGAGAUGCACCCCCAGAAACCAAGCGCCUCUGGCAACAGCGCUAUGAGGAGUACCUGACCGACAGUAGACUGCUCUAUGAGGUAGACAAAGAAGAAAGGAACAUGAAGUUUCAGAAACUCUAUGAAAAGUACAAGCGCAUGCUCUACGACGCAUCGGAAUUCGAGCAGACGCCGAGGGGCUUCGACGACGUGUUCACGGAAGCCUGCGUGAUCUACCAGAUCGUCUACGAGGAAGCACGGUCUUACGGCGGCGACGCCGGCCGGUGCGGCUUCGCCUGGAAGGUCGCCGGCCGCGCGCUGCGCCACUUCUACGCGCUCAAGAACGAGGGCGACACCGUGCUCUGCUCGCUGCCGCUUCUCCGCAGGUUCAAGUUCAUCAGGAAGGACCAUCGCUAGUACGUAGGCAUUAUAUAUGUAUUGUACUCUUAUUGACAGCAUGCAGUAUUAUCAUGAGCGGACCAAGGAGUUGUUAGCUUAAGCUGGUGGUUUAGUACUAGUGCUUUUGAGGAACUUGUCAGGACAACCUAGAAAAAACUAGUAUGUAUGCAUGGCCCAUGUUGCAUGGAGCUUCAAGUGAACUUGAUGUAGUAGUGUGUAGCUGCAUGCAGCUGCUUGGGGCGCAUCUCAAAAGAUGUCUCGCUGUUUCUCCUUAAC